AUGUUGGAAUCACUACCCUGCUCUUCUCGUUUUUGCACAACCGGCCCGUGCGAGCUGCCUUUCAAGCGGAUGGUCCUGAAGGCCUCCGUUGCCUGCAAGCACACCGUGGGGCUGAUAAUGGGGCAUCGUCAGCGGGGCGGGAACGAGUUCCAGCAGCUGGAGACCGUUUCCGCUCAACAACACGAAGAACGCGCUUCCACUUUCCUUGAGAAAAGCAAAUGCUGGUGGCAACGAAAGAACGGUUACCCGGGACGGCAGGAGCAGGUAGAGUUGUCCAGCCGCAGCAUGACGAGUAGCCUCAUUUGCGGGGACAGCGCUAACGAGCCUUACUUUGAUGAGGUGGCAGCAGUAGGCCGCCAUCGGCAACCGUCGUUGGCCAAGCUCAAGCGCGCCGGCGCAUCUUCCCCUUCCCCUACCGCCCCCUUCCCUCCUCCACAAUCAGUGUCCGUGUCUGGGUGA